AUGAGGCUCUCUAUUACAUAUCUUGCUUUAUCUGUCUUGGCUACGGAAGUGCUUGCUUCCUUGAGUGCAGGGCCAUUUGAGUCUGUCUUUUUCUACUACGCCUAUCGCAUAGACACCCUGGCCGGUCCGGCUUCACUCGGCAUCGCAGAAGGAUGCCCUGGUAGUGGUCCAAAAGGCGUUUGCUACUUUGAUGAGUUCGUGAGGUGGAUCCAGCGGAGCAAAUACCCUUGGACGGGUGAGACUUCUGUCGGCGAUGUCUUGGAUCCUGAUGUCGACACUACGGCUCAAGAGUUGAGAACGUCAGGCACAGAGGGGACAUCCUCACGUUGCUCCAAUCGCUAUGAUUUCAAUAAGGUCUUUCCAGGGAUCUACCCAGCACGCACAAAGCCAUCUUAUCAGGCAGUCAUGAGGACCCUGGUCAAAUCAAUUCAAGCCCAACGCUCAGUACUUGGCGACGACAAGCUUACUUCUCAGCUUGACAAAGCUCGUCGGGCAUUUGGCCGCACUUAUGAAGCAAGAAUUGGUGACUUGACCAAUGGUCUUAUUGGUGAAGUGAACGAGAUGCUCAAAACUAAUGGUCUUACUUGGACCUGUGAGACAUUUAAUAGAGAGCUCCUCAAUGGGUACACCGUGAAAAUGAUUAACACGAAGGCCACAAUUGAUGCCCACCCUGAUCUAGGCGCAGAUCUCGAAACAGCGAUUAUGGACACGGUUGAGAAUUAUGACCAUGCAAGAAGCGCUGGCAGAACCCAUUACAAUACUAUUGUAGCACUCCAAGCCUAUCAAAACCUACUUGAGGGCUCCUGUACUAGUGCUUAA